AUGUCAGUAAAAUUCAAUGUUCAUACUUCUGUAAAUCUUGCAUACAACUUUCCUUCAACAGAUGAGUCUGAUAUAGACUUUGCUAAGCACUUACCAAGUGAUGCAGUUUUAAAUAAAAAUUUACGAUUGGACAUGUUGCCACAUGCGAAAGAGCCAUAUUAUUCGAAGUCUCCUAUUACGAAGUGCUAUGAUACCGUAUCCAAUAAUGGAAUUAAUGACAGUCCUUUAUACGAAAUAUUGGCAGAGAAUCAAGAAAACAUAAAGAAUUAUCAAUUGGAACUUCCAUUUACAAGAGAUAGUACUACGAAUUCAAAAAUCAACUCUAAACCAAAUGAGUCGGAAUCUAAAAAUAGAGGUAUUAAAAGGCCAAGACAAACAAUAGAAGAAAAUGUUAAUGCAACUAAUAAUCUUCAGACUCAACCAUCAUCUAUUUACAAGACUCCAAUACCUAAUAAGACAAUCUUCUUUUCAUCUUCUGCUUCGUCAAAAAAGAAGAAUUCAACAAAUCUACUUCAAUCUACUCCUGUGUCAGAUAUUGGAGAAGCAUCAGGUAAGAAAUCCACUAUUCUUCUUGCUAAGCUGAAAGCUGUCAAGAUGGAUAAAGCUGAAUUGCUUAACUUACCUAUUAAAUCCACAGUUGAAAAAACAAGUAUCAUAAGACAUGAUGAUCCGGAAGAAGAAAGUAUGGAAAUGGGAUCUGAUUAUGAUCAUUUAGCAUGUCAUGCAGGGAACAUUAUGCGUAUGGCCGUGGAUUCAACAAUGUUAGGCUCUUCAUAUAAUGAAAGUUUUUCUCCCACAUUCAACAAUACAUUCGGAGGGAAUGAUUCUAUACUUGGGUUGCAGUCUAGAAAAAGGUAUAACGACUUCUUCGACGAUGAAGCUGAUAAGAGUUUAAUAGAAAGUAUGAAGUCAAGGUGGAAUAGCGGAUUAAAUAGAAUGAAGGCUAAAAUAAUUGAUAUUAAUGCCGAUGAAUUACAGCAAGCUGUCCAAGCUGACUAG